AUGAGUAGUAAACAAAUUUAUUCUGCUACUUAUUCGAAUAUCCCGGUAUUUGAGUUUGUUACCGAAGAAGGUCCAAUUAUGAGAAGGAAAUUGGAUUCUUGGAUUAAUGCCACUCAUAUUUUGAAAAUAGCUAAAUUUCCUAAAGCGAAAAGAACAAGAAUAUUAGAAAAGGAUGUGCAAACGGGAGUUCAUGAAAAGGUUCAAGGAGGUUAUGGGAAAUAUCAAGGAACUUACGUACCUUUGAAUUCAGGUAUACAAUUAGCUAAAAAUUUCGGAGUUUAUGAAAUUCUACAACCCAUAUUUGAAUUUCAAUAUAUUGAAGGAAAAUCUGCCACACCUCCUCCAGCACCUAAACAUAACCAUGCAUCAGCAUCUAAUGUGGCACAAAGAAUGAAUUCAUCAAAUGGGAGUCGAGAAGAUCUAGUAUUAGCCAGAAAAUCCAAAUCUACCAAUUCAAUCAAUGAACCUCCAAGGAAAAGAGGUAGACCUAAAAGAGUACCAUUAGGUAAUAAUCAACAAACUCCUAAUUUGAAAUAUAGUGAUACAACACAAAUAAAUCCAGUUACCAGACAAAAUACUGAACAAGAUGCUUUGAAUAUAAUGGCAAACAUGACAUCAGUUAAGAAUGAAGAUUUAGAAAUGGUUGGAAGUAGUGAGAAUGAAGAUAUCAAUAAUGAAGAAGUUGACUUCAUAAGUGGAAAAGAGUUAUUUGGAACACCAAGAAAUUCAUUCGAUAGAAUGGUUUAUAAUCGUAUGACUCCCCAUCAAACACCAUAUCAAUUUAAUAAUCAACAUGGUCCUCCAAGUGGUAAUCAUUUAUUACCAUAUAAUAAUGGAAUAAAUUAUUCUCAAGUAUCACAUUCUAGAACUCAUUCCCAAAAUGAUCCUUAUAGUUUACAGCAAUACCAUCAUCCUAAUCAAAAUAAUAACUUGUUAAGUUUUAAAGAUGAAGGUAAAUAUAGUGAAUAUUUCCAUAAUUUGUUGAACUUUUUCCUUGAAGAUACCAAUCAAGCUAGUAGUAAAAAUGACCAAAAACGAAAGGAUAACCCUAUACCAGAAAAUCUUUUACACCCACCUGAACCAAUACUGAAAAUCAAUAUCAAUCAACCAAUUGAUAAUGAAGGUAAUUCAAUAUUUCAUUGGGCUUGUUCUAUGGGGAAUUCUACAAAUAUUGAAUUUUUAAUCAAUAAUUUCCCUAACAUCAUAAAUUCCAAUUUGAAGAAUAAUAAUGGUGAAACUCCAUUGAUGUUUUUGAUUAAAUUCAAUAAUUCGUAUCAGUUAAAGAAUUUCCCUAAUUUAUUGGAAUUAUUGUUUGAUUCCAUUUUAACAGUUGAUAAUUUCAACAAAACUGUUUUACAUCAUUUAGCUUUGACAGUUCAACCUCCACCUACUAAUGUGGUAUCACAAGGAGAAAGCUUUAACGGAUUUUCAAAUGAUGAGAAUCAAAUCAAUAAUUACCUUAAGAAUAAAGAAAGAAUUGCAAGAUAUUAUAUUGAAAGUUUGUUCAUUAAAAUAAUAGAAUAUCAAACUAUCAAUAACAUUGAACAUGAUGAAUUAAUAAAAAAAUUCAUAAAUCAUCAAGAUUCUGAUGGUAAUACAGCUUUCCAUUUAGUCAGUUAUAAUUUGAAUAAGAAAUUAAUCAAGAUUUUCAUUGAUUAUCAUAAAUUUAUCAAUUUUAAUAUCAAAAAUCUUGUUAAUUACACAGCUGAGCAAUACUUGGCAUCACAUAAUUAUAUUUUGAAGUUGGAAAAUGAUGAAAACAAUGAUCAAGAUUCUAGAUUAGAUAUAAGUUCAAUGACUGGAUCAGGACCUAUAUCACAAGAAAAAUCAUUGAAUAAUAACUCCUCGUCUUCUUCAAUCAAUGAAAAGGAUAAACCAAUUGCUUUGAAUGAAUUAACUAAAUCCUUCACUUUACAAAGUUUUGAAAGUCAAUUAUAUUAUAGUAAAAUGACAGUCAAUUUAACAAAUUCGAAAAAUAAUAUCAUAACUGAAAAAUUAAACGAAUUACAAUAUUUGAUUGACAAAGAAUUGAACAAGAAAGAUGAAAAAUUAUUAAAAUUGAUUAAAGUCAACAGUAAAUUCAAUAAUCUUAAAGUAACGGAACAAAAAGUUAUUUUGAAGAUGUUCAAGUUAGAUAAUUUAAUUCAAGAUAACAAUGAAGAAAUUGAUUCACAAAUCGAUCUCAAAAGAGAUAAAAUAAUUCAAGAUGAAAUCAACAGAUUCUUGAAUGAUUUGACAUUUCAAGUAUUACAAAAAGAUGAAAAACUCAAUAUUAAAUUGAAAGAAUUCAAAAUGAAUUAUUUGAAGAACUUCAAACAAAAACUUGUCAAAGUUGCUAAUGAAAUUCAAGAAUCAUCAAAAUCAGAUUCAAGUAAUGAUGAUGAAAAAUUUAAAUUAUCGAUUGAUUUACAAAAUGAAAUCAUCAAGUCAAACAAUCUAUUAUCAAAAUUAUUCAAAUUGUCAUCAAAAGUACCAAAUUUAAAUAAAGAUGAUUUUAAAGAGAACAAAUCAUCUUCAAUAAUUUCAAAUUAUCCAUCAGAUGAUAAAUUAAAUAAAUAUUGUAAAUUAAUUUCAUUAUGUUGUGAUAUGAAUAUUAAUGAUGUUGAACAUUCAAUUAAUUCCAUAGAACAAUCAUUAAUGAGUUCAAUUAUUCAAAAGGAUAAAACCACCUAA